AUGGGGAUGACAACCACGCAGCAUGGAGAGCGCAUGGGUUACUACGUCAUCCACUCAGUGGAUCUGUCCGAGCCUGCGACCAACCGCCACUACAUCCGAGCGAAAUGCUCGCUCUGCUGGCUCAAGACGGAGCUGCCCAAUGGUAAAGUGGAGCUGUAUAUGAAGGGGUUCGCAGCGCCGAUGGGGAGUAUCCCCGAGUUCGCGGCUUUCCCGGUGCUGGUGAACUGUGUGCUCGGAGUCGGGAUGACUAGCGACGCCGCGUACUCGAAGAAACUGGCCUGGAUGAUCCGAGACGCCAACAAGUCCGCCAGUCGGCACGCCGCUCCGUCACUGGACGAGUGUGUUGGACGGUGUAAGAACGCGUUCGGUGGACCGAAGAACAGCGCGAACUUCAGGCGGUGCAUCGUGUGUCGCAAGGCAGUGUGCAGCACGUGUCAAGUUGUGCGGAAGAUCCCCGUGGACGUUGUGGAUGGUCGCGUUAACGUGAACAAAUGCAGUCUGUGUAUCUUGUGCAUGCACCGAGCGAAGACGUUAAACCCCAUGGCGUUUGCAAGACGCGAUCAGCGCUGGAAGAGGUGGAAGAGUCUGGACGCAGGCAGAAGCUCUAUUACCAGCAGCAGCGAGAGAGAAAACGCACUCACUGCGGCUACGGAGAGAGCAUCCUACGCGAUGCGCUAG